AUGUCCGCAACGACAAGCUCAACCAACCCUCUUUUUACGGAGGAUGUCGACCAGACCCCCGAUCUUGGAGGGAAUGCUGCUGGAGCGGCUGGGUCCAGCGAAGGAGGCGUUCAGCUCUCGUCGAGUGCUUUGAUCGCCAUCAUAGUUGUUGUCUCAAUUGUCGCCGUUGGUGGCAUUGCCUCAUCUGUACUCUUCUAUCUCGCCAAGAAGAGAGAAUGGAAGAUUCGUGAGACCAUUCGUCGGUCCGCCAGGAAGGUCGUCACUGCCCUCACUCCACGGAGGACAGAAUUCCCUAAGCAUGUCAAGGAGUCCAGAUCUCGAGGCGAUGGACGUGUUAGGCUCGACGAUGUUCCACCUACCCCUCGUCUGAGGCCAGGAGACCUCGAGAAAGGACUUGCAGCCACGAGAACAAAGAGGGCGGACACAAGUCCCAAGCCGAAGCGAAGCAACUUCAGCAGGAAGUAA